CCUGAGCGGUCGUUAUCCCCCAGCAGCGUCGGCGCGUGCAAAGCGCGAGAAGUAAAAAAAAAUGGUGCCCCACCGGUGGUGCCGUCGUGCGUCGGUUUUCUGUUCGGUGUUUGUGAUGCUAAGCUGCGUUUGCUUCCAGCCCGUCCACACUAUCAUCGUUCCGGUUGAACCCGUGACUACCGUCCCAGCAGUGGUCAGCACCACCAUUAGCCCUAACGCUACCGCUAGCCGCUCGCCACAGCAGGCAAGGGCGGCCGAACAGCCGCAGUCGGCCGCGGUCGCGUACCAGUUGCCUUGUUCGGCCGAGAAGCCAUUUGUGUUCGAACGGUCGUCCAAGGGUUUGCAGCUGUAUCUGCUCGAUGGAACCGGGCUGUAUCGCAUCGAGGAUGGAGAAUCAUCCGGCGGCAUGGUCAAAUCGCUCAUCAGCACCCUGCCCAAGCGCUACGUGGAAGCGCGGAAGCUACAGGUUCUCGAUAUUAAAUUGGGCGACUCGGAUCACCUACUGUUCGUGGUCACCACAGACCAGUGGCACAACGUGUUUCUGGCCGAUCUGGAUCUCGCGAUCGGUGCGACGAGUGCGCAACCGAUCCAACGUAUCAAGUACUCGGGCAACUUCUCGAAAGCUCACCUGCUGGAAUGUAACGACAGCAUCUACAUGGUCACGAUCGUCACGUACGCCAACACUGGAAAGAUUCGCGUUUACCGAUGGCAGCAAUCGUACUUUUCGCUGGAGAGCACCAAGGAAGUUCCCUCGAUCGAUGACGUACGGUGCCACUGUCCCAGCACGCUGCUACUGCUGGCGCUGGACUAUGCACAGCUGCCCGAGCGCUCCCUGGCCCACGUGCUGCUGCUGGAUAGUACCGAGCGCCCGGUGAAGGUACAGGAAAUGUUCUUCCUGUACGGGCCGCUAGCAUCGUUUACAUUAAAUGGCGAGCUGUAUCUAAUACGACACGUUAGCAAAGACAAAUCCUAUCUUUAUCAGUGGAGUGCCGAGGGAAGGUUCGUACGCACUCGCAAACUGUCCCAGCAGUUCCAGCACAUCACAACCCUGACCCGGUGGAAGGAUACGCUUGCCGUUGCGUUCGAGGACACCGUCCGGCUGUAUGGAGGCAGCGGUAGCGGUGGCAAGCAUGAUCUGCUCGAGACGGAAAUCCCCUUUACGUUGCCAGGCACGAACGCGUCCGAAUCAAGGACACAACUAACACCGGCCUCCGCUGGAGAGAGGCUAAGAAGGCUGUACGGGCUUCGAGCGACCGCUGCCGGGGAGGUCCUACUAGCGACCGAGUUCUAUUGCCCUGGGCCGGGCGAAAAUCCCACCAAUUCUUCGACUGCACUGCAUGUUUACAAACUGUCCGUUAUGAGCGUUGCACGAUCGGCAGAAGGAGACGCACAAGCGAGCGGCUUCCAAGCACUGAACAGCUGUCUGCACCGGCUGAAACAGGAGCUGAACGAGCGCAAAAAGUGGAUCGACGUCAUCCGGGUGCAGCUAUCGCGCAAAAACUUGGUGCUGGACGCAAUUGCGCAGGGUGGCCCGGCGCGAUCCACACUCCUGCACCCGACGGUGCAGCUGAGCAGUGUGGUGCUGCCGAACGAUAACCCCCAUCUGCUACCGCCGUCCCGUACCAUACUGAAUGGGCAGUCGCUGCUGCUGCGCCACUACCGCAUGGCCACCGAUCUCAACCAGGUGCUGUUGCGCAAUCGUGCGCGCACCGAAAUCCAGGGCGAUCUGCACGUGGCCGGUAAUGUGCACACGCGCUGUUCCAGAAUACGCGCCGUCCGAGCGCAGGACAGUAGCGGCACGGAGCAGCGGCACACGAGGCGCACGCGCUCGACCGUGCGCGUGACGACGGGCCCCUCAUACUACCGCGUGCUGAAGGCGAAGGAAAUAGUUACCGACUCGGCACUGAGCAAACGAUUUUUGCUGCGCUCGAAAAUGAACGUACUGCCCGGCACCAUGCAGCUGGACGAGCUGACUGCCGGCUCGGUCCGGGUAGAGCACGGGCACAUCAAUCAGAUCCCCAUACCGACGCGAACGGUGCUGCAGGAUGCGGCGACCCACGGCUACCGGGGACAUAAGGUGUUCCGCACCGUCAAGUCCUUCCGGCUGAAUGCGGACCACCUGAACGGGCAACCGCUGUCGACGGAAAUCAUCGAGUCGGGCCUGCGGUAUGCUAGCGACGGUAUCACGAUCAAGACGGACCUGUGCCGCACGCGCAACCUCAUCCUGCGCAACACGCUGAAUGGUUUCCGGCUAAGGCAACUCGUUUCCUCGUACCAGCGAACCGUUCAGGUUAAAGGUAACCUUGUGUUAGCGGGACAGGCGUGCAUAAAAAAUCUACAGUUCGCCAGCACGCUGAACGGCAUCCGGAGCGGAGAACUACUGGACAGACUCUCCAACCAAACGAUCACUGGGCCCGUAUUCGUGAGCAAAGGAUUCACCCACAACCUGCAGGUGCGCCAAGUGAACGGGGAUUUGCUGUCGAACUACGCCACCACCGUACAGCCGAAUCAGAACGGAGCACACCAAAGCCUCCAAAUCAAUGCACCAGUACGAGCGGAGAAGAUGGUUAUUCUUGGCGAUCUGAUUGCCAACCACGAGCAACAACAGUUCACCCCGCACAUCGGUACGCGGCCGGGCGAUUUUAGACAGCUAUACACCGGCAAGCUGUUGCUGAACGGCUCGUUGCGGCUGAAGGUGGCUAGCAUAAAUGCAGCCAACAUUACGCUCAUGGGACAGUCGGUGACGAGCAAGCCGUACGAUCAGUACCUGCUACGCACGGAACGCCAGGUAAUAAACCACCCGCUUGCGUACCAUGCGGCCCAGUUUCAGUACCUGUUCGCGAACACGCUGAACAGCGUCGCGCUGUGGCAGUUUAGCUUGACGCAUCGCAACUGGCAGAACAGCUUCUACCUCCAGGACGCGACCGUGCUGGGCCAUGUACGGCCAGCACGCAUCGCGAAACGGCUACACUCGAUGCAGCAAAACCGCAUCGACGUCGGUGCGCAUGUCCAUGUGUGUGAUGUGAAGGAGUUUACCGGCACGCUGCGCAUGACGCACCUGCGUACCGGUUCGAUCGACGGUACGCUCAGCCCGGACGCCCUCUGGCGCAAGGACGAACAGCAGACGCACGGGAGGGCGGCUGCCGCACCCAAAGCACUGUACGGUCGUACCGAGCUGCGGCAGAGCGCGGUCGUGGUGCGUGGCCCGCUGCAAACCGCCGGCUUCAACGGCAGGACAGCGUACGAGCUGGCCGAGCUGGCGAAACCACCGCGCCGGCGGUACCAGCUGCUUCAGCUGGCCGCCGUCAACGCUACUACCGCUAGCGUGCGGCAGCUUGCCGACCUGUCGCUCGGCGAAGUGCUGCAGCGCUUUGUCGCUUCCGUGCACCACCAGCACCCCGAUGCGGCCGUCGGCGGGAAGGUUCCGUCCUUUGCGAAGAUCAUCGCGCCGGCCGAGCCGCAGCGCAUUGCGGCCGCAUCGGUCGGGCACAUCAACUUUUGUCCCGUUCAGCGGCUGCUGCAGGAGACGGUACCAAGCCGGGGCGCACGGCCCGGCCGCCCGAUCGCGGGCCACAAGCGCGUGCUGGGGCCGGUCCAGAUCCGGCAGCGGCUCGCCGCCGACCGCAUCAAUGGGCACGAAACGGGGCAGCUGGGGCGCAUCGUAACGCGCGGUACGGACGCGAUACCGCAGAGCAUCGACGCCCGGUGGCACUUUGGCACGCUCGAUACCGGCUACCUCACCGCGAAGCUCAUCAACCGGACGCCGCUCGCCCGGCUCGCCCUGCGCUCCGACGAGACGCUCCCGCUGCAAAGCGAGCUGCUGAUCGAUCGGCUAGAGGUCAGCGUGCUGCAACUCCCGAAGCUGCCGCCCUGGAUGUUCGAGCCGAACGUCGCCGGUUCGCCGCCGGUUCGCAUACCGCACAGCGUGACGCGGCUGCGCUACCACGGCAGCAUCCACGGGCACGUGCGCGAUCCGACCCAUCCGCUGCACCAGCUGCUGCUGGCACCCUCGCUCGACCAAACGCGGCUCGUUACCGGCGGGCUCGUCUUUGCCGGGCAGAGCGUUCACUUCGGCAACUGUUCCACCCAGGCCGGCGGUUCGAUCAAGCGGGUGGAGCGGGCGGCCCGUGGGUGCCUGCGACGCGACCCGGCAUCCUCCGCCGGCCGACCGCCGAGCGUGUUCCAGCACGAGCAGGCACUGCUGCCGGCUGGGCCCGAUCCGGUAUCAAUACGGGGCAGCUUGCUGGUGGCGGACACCGGCUACCUCACAGCGCGCACCAUCGCCGGCGUGCACGUUGCCGACCGUCUCGGACCGAACGCGGACCUUUACCGGGUCGCUAGCCACAUCGGCCGCCUGCCUAUUGUGGGCGAAAAGCGCUUCCCGACCGGGACCAGCGUACACAACCUAACGCUUCUCGAACCCGGCGGUGGCGGUACCGGCGACAACGACAGCUUCUGGUCCCGGCUGGCCUUCUGCGGCCACCCGUCACAGCAUGCCUGUCCCGCCGCGCUGCACUUUGACCGGUCGAUCGUGGUGGGCGGACUGCUGGCAGCCGGCCAGCUAAACACCGUACCGCUGGAAGGCUUUUUCCACGCCUUUGCGAAGCGCCAAUCGACGCUGAUGCAGCAGUCGAAGCUGCACCACAUCCAGGACUUCCCCGGCACGCUGACCGUGUCUGAGCUGCGGCUCACCGGUCCCGACACGAUCCUGCACUACGUCAAUGGCAUACCGCUCGGCGAGCUGGUCCUCCGGUCGACCGCCAACGAUACGCACCAGAUCGUGCCCGGCGCCAAGUCCUUCCGCGCGCUGCACAUCGAUGGACCGCUCGCACUGCAGCAGCUGAACGGUCGGCCACUGGCGCAGACGAAGCGCAGCUCCAUCACGCCGGAGGAGGCCCAGCCUCAGCACGAGGCGAUCGUGUUCAACCGACCGGUGCUGCUGGCUGACCUGCAGACACGCGCCCUGUACCACCUGCGGACGGCUUCAGCGCGGCUUGCAACCGGCGCCCGGGCCGCCACCGUCCAGCUGCCGUCCGAGCUGCAGCUGCACGCCGGACAGCGCCAUCCACUGGCACUGCUGCAGCAGCGCACCCUGUACGGGGCCCGCUCGAGGACGACGCUCGGACGGACAAGCCGACCUGUCGAUGCCGAUUCCCCGGGCCAGGUAACACUCGACAGUGGAGACACUGUUCGCUUCCACUGCUCCCCGGACGAACGGUCGUUGCGGGUGGAAUUGCGCCGCUACCCUACGAACCGUACCAGCGAGCAACGGCUGCACGAGCUGCCGCCAGCAGCAGGCUGCUCGCAGCCGACCGACACAUACGCUCUGAACCGUACGACGGUGCUGAUUCUACUUCGCCACGGUACCGCCACUGUCACCCUCUACCAGUACGAUGUCGGGCGCGGGCAUCUCGUACCGCUCCGGCUGCCGGCACCCAGCACCGGUUGCCAGCACGUGCGCCUUCUCCGCCCGAACCACGACACGUUGAUGCUCGCUACGGCCGGAUGCGCCAACGCUUCGCCCCACUCCGGUGGAAUCCAAAUCUACCAUCUCGAUGGUAGUGCGGCGGCUCUGCCGGUGCGCUUACGCCACUUCCAAACGAUCGAUCUGGUCGCACCGGUGACGGGAAUGGUUUCGGCGGACGCUGGUGCUACGCUGGUGGUACGCGACGACGCUACUCGCUGGCAUCGGUACAAGUACAGCUCCGUGCGGGGCUGGACCCAGGACGAUAGUUUGCUGCCUUAGGAACCUUCAUUUCCUAUUCGUAUGUAGUGUGACGCUCUAGGUAUGAAGUGCCCUCUGGGACACAAAAACGCCCGCAAAUGAGCGAUUUUGAUUAUAUGUUAAAUUAUUUGUGUUUAAUAAAUGCUUACUACGCCUGCUUAGCGUACGUAAC